AUGGCAAAGACUGAAGUUACGUUUCUUGGUCAUAAAAUUUCACAAGAAGGUAGUCAACCCGACCCAAAGAAUGUAGAGGCAGUAUUGGAAAUGAAACCGCCCACUAAGGUCAAGGAAGUGAGACGAUUUUUAGAUCAUCAGCCCCUUACUAGUAUAUUCAAGAGAAAGACCAAAUCUGCCAGGAUGAACCGCUGGAUACUAGAGAUGAGAGAAUACCAAUACAACAUCCAAUAUGUGAAGGGAAAGUAUAACUACGUGGCCGAUCAGCUCUCUCGCCCAUUCACUAUAAUUGAUGAGUUGCUGUACUACGCUAAGGAAAACAUUGAUGGCAGCAUUCAUUAUUCAUUGGUAGUUCCUCAGGUUCUGAUUCCUAAAGCUUUAGAACAUGCACAUGAGCUUUCUGGCCACCUGGGUCAGAAAAAGACAAUUAAAAAGGCCGAAGAAUUGUUUUACUGGUGUAAUCUCAAGUUUGACGUAACCCAGAGAGGCGUCCUACGAGAGUAUAGUGAUGCUCAACUGAUCGAGAAAGUUCUGCCUGACCUUGGUGACAUUUUAUGUGUUAAGACUUGUGAGGAAUGCACUUGGGAGUCGCACCGUAGGGAGUAA